CGCUUCGAUCUUUCGCUUUCUCAGCGCUGCGGCUCUCAGUGAUCAGUGAACAUUCGGACUUGUUUGUGCGACUUGCUUUUCGUUCAAGUGGAGUACAGUUUGAAGGACUUUCCUUUUUCUUUUGUUUUGGUGUUGCAAAACGAGAAAAAUUAUCAUGAUUGGUGGAUACGAAGCUCAGGCUGAUUAUUAUCCACAGUGGCACCAGCCCUACAACUAUGUUACGCAGUUACCUUAUGGAAUGUCGGAUGUAGAUAGUCAAUCGGCAUAUUGGGCAGCAGAUUCGGGUAUCUCAGGUGGAAGCUCGGGAGCUGGUAGUCCGGCGGCAUCGACACCACCCCUCAUCGAAGAAAUCGGCAUUCAGGAACCAAACUACUCACCGCAAUACUCUCAAUCCCCCUACGUCAACAACCAAGUGCAAAACAAUCACUACGGUGUCUACCAGCAACAAUCGCCGCCGCAAUUAUCUUCGCCUGGCAACAAUCAUCAUCAUCAAUUCAACGACUGCCGUAACAAUCUAAGCGACAAACAACCGAUGUUGCAACCAAAUCCAACAUCGAUGCUGCAGCAGCAUGUGAGACACGUCGGUGAUAGUUUGGGCGUUGUCGUGAGGCCUAAACGGCGAAAUACUGCUAAUAAGAAGGAAAGAAGACGGACGCAAAGUAUCAACAAUGCCUUUGCUGAUUUGAGAGAUUGCAUUCCUAAUGUGCCGGCGGAUACGAAGCUUUCUAAGAUUAAAACAUUAAGAUUGGCUGCGAGUUAUAUCGGAUACUUGAUGUCGGUUCUCGAUAGCGAUGAAGGCGAGGAGCCUCAGACUUUUCGCGCCGAAAUCCUAUCGAGUAACAGAAGAAACAAGUCGCUUAGUAAUUUGAGCGAUGCAGCAAUGCAAAUGAUGGGUAUUCAAGAGGAAACAACGAAAAGCAAAGGCCGUACGGGCUGGCCGCAACACAUGUGGGCUUUGGAAUUAAAACAAGAGCCUGCGGCGUCGAGUCAAUUAAUGCAAUGAGGAAUCGGCGAUUGACGCGAGACAUACAGUGAUGACGAAAAAAGUGCGCGUUAAAGAGACACAGACUUAAUAUUUAUUGAAUCGCGUUGGCACGCGGAAGUCUAAACUCUUGUAAAUAGUUAUCUUAUGGAUCUCAUAAGUUUGAAACGAGCCGUUGUAAAUAGUUGAUCGCUUAUUACUUUACGAAUUAAGCCAAAGACGAAUGAACCUAAGACAAUUUGUACUUAAUUUUAUUAAUAGUUUACGAUUGCACAUAUUCAAUGUAUGUAUAAAGUUUUGUAUAAAGUGUACCUAUAAACUAUGAUAUAUAUAAGCUAAUAUA